ACGAUCACUUUUAGGGACCAGCUUAACAUGUUUCUGCACAUCGCUUUGUCUGAUUAACGUUGUUUUGUAUCCAACUUUAAAGUAGAAAAAGUUUUUUUUACGCCAGCGUGUUUCACUUACAGCUUUAGGACAGUUUUUUCCCUUAAAUUCUUCUUUUUAACAAACAAGGACGAUUCUCAUCUUUUUAAAAUAGGUUUUGGAAUAAUUUGACUCAGGAAAGGCGAACAGAAGUGGAAGCUGAUUUGGUGCUUUGUGUUAGUUUUAGUGUAGUUCUUGUAGUUCUUUCUGGGAGGAAUGGCCACUUGGUCAGUACUUUGGAUGGUCCUGGCGGCUCUGGGUGUGAGCAGCGAGAAACAAGAAAUCAGACCUGAGGUGUGGUUACAACAGUAUGGCUACCUUCCUCCUGGGGAUGUCCGGGCGCAGGCGAUCCGGUCCCCCAAAUCCAUAGCCUCUGCUGUCUCCGCCAUGCAAAAGUUCUAUGGUCUUACAGUCACAGGAACCCUGGACCCGGAAACGCUCAAUGCAAUGCAGCGGCCACGCUGUGGAGUUGCAGAUAAGUUUGGCACAGAGCUGAAGAGCAACCUACGGAAAAGGCGCUACGUCAUUCAGGGGCUAAGAUGGGAUCAAAGAGAGGUUACCUUCAGUAUCCAGAACUACACUCCGAAAAUAGGUGAGCGUGCCACUCAAGAGGCCAUCCGGAAAGCCUUCAAAGUCUGGGAGUCAGUCACACCACUGAAGUUUCGAGAAAUUCCGUACAGCCAGAUCAGAGACAAGCCCCGGAUGUUUGCUGACAUCAUGUUAUAUUUUGCUGAGGGUUAUCAUGGUGACAGCACACCGUUCGAUGGUGAGGGAGGUUUUCUGGCCCAUGCUUACUUUCCUGGUCAAGGAAUUGGUGGUGACACACACUUCGACGCUGCAGAGCCUUGGACGGCUGGCAACGUUGAUCAAGGAGGUAAUGAUGUGUUUCUGGUUGCCGUGCAUGAGCUGGGUCACGCCCUGGGUUUGGAGCACUCAGGGGAUCCUUCAGCCAUUAUGGCCCCAUUUUACCAGUGGAUGGACACUGAGAACUUUGUGCUUCCUGAUGAUGACAGACGUGGAAUACAGGAAAUUUACGGUGCUAGAUCAGGAGAAGUGCCCAAGCCCCCUGCUCCACGUCCCACAAGCAAACCUGAUCGACCAUCAUUUGGGCCCGAUAUCUGUGAAGGCCACUUUGAUGCCAUUGCCAUGCUGCGGGGAGAGAUGUUUGUCUUUAAGGAGAAGUGGUUCUGGCGGAUGCGGGAUGGUAAGCCUCUGCAGGGAUACCCCAUGCCCAUUGGACACUUCUGGAAGGGCCUGCAACCCUCCAUCAAUGCUGCCUACGAGCGUGCUGAUGGGAAAUUUGUCUUCUUCAAAGGUGAUAAGUACUGGGUAUUUAAUGAGGCCACUAUGGAAGCUGGAUAUCCUAAAACAUUUAGGGAGUUGGGCACAGGACUUCCUCGGGACAGAAUAGAUGCUGCCCUUCUCUACACAGCUACUGGAAAUACUUACUUUUUCAGAGGAACCAAAUAUUACCGCUUCAAUGAAGACACACACUCUGUGGAUUCAGAAUACCCCAAACCCAUCAGUGUCUGGCAGGGUGUGCCUGAUAAUGUCAAAGGAGCCAUUAUGGGUGAAGAUAGAGCCUACACCUACUUCUACAAAGCCAACAAAUACUGGAAGUUCAACAAUAAGCAGAUGAAGGUGGAUUCAGGCUACCCAAAAUCGGUCCUGACUGACUGGAUGGGAUGUGAGCGUGACGAGCCAACAAAGACUGGAAAGACCGAAGAGGAAGUAAUCAUUAUCGAGGUGGACGAGUCCAACAGCGGCAUCGUUGGAGGGGUGGCGGUCAUAGUGAUCCCCCUUUUCCUAUUGGCUUGUGUAAUUAUCACUCUGGGAGCACUGCUGUUUUUUAGACGCUAUGGAACUCCACGACGCCUCCUCUACUGCCACCGCUCUCUACUGGACAAAGUUUAGAGAUGGAUGAAUGAGAAGAGAACAGAAAGGGUUGGAGGAGUAAUAAGAAGGUUAGAAAGAAAAGUGGGGAGGAGAAGGUGAUGGGAAGCUUUUUGAAUGGAGAUAAUAAGGACUUGAGAUUGUUUACAGUAAACAAGGAGGAAGUGAAAGGUGGAAAGGAGGAAGAUGUUUGAACAAUGCAUAUUGUUUUGGUAGUUACUUGUGCAUCACGCAAAUAUUAAAAUAAACAACAAAGACAAGAGGAAUACGGUGAAGAAGCAGGAGUCUGAUAAAAUGAACUCAGUCAUUUUAAUUACAUUUGUUAAAUAAAAAUAAAGCACUUUUAAUUUCAACAUCUUCCUCUUUCUCUGCUGAAAUAUCUUUCUGCAAUAAAAUGACACAAGCCACAGGGCUGUACGAUUAAUGUUUGUCUUUCUGCUUUACUCCUGGUUUUAACUUUUAAUACAAAUUUGUGCAACAAAAAUAAACUGGUUUUGUAAAACACACACCCCCUUUUUACCAGUGACAUGAUUUAUGAGGACCAAAUUUGUUUACUUUACACUGAUCAGCCAUUACAUUAAAAGGUCUAAAAGAUGACCAAAUCAAACAGCAGCAAUAGAUAAGCGAUCAUCUCUGACUUUACAUCUACAAGGUGGACCAACUAGGUAGGAGUGUCUAACAGAGUGGACAGUGAGUGGGCACGGUAUUUAAAAACUCCUGCAGUGCUGCUGUGUCUGAUUCACUCAUACCAGCACAACACACACUAACACACCACCACCAUCUCAGUGUCACUGCAGUGCUGAGAAUCAUCCACCACCUAAACAAUACCUACUCUGUGGGGGUCCUGACCAUUGAAGAACAGCAUGAAAGGGGGCUAACAAAGCAUGCAGAGAAACUGAUGGACUACAGUCAGUAACUGUAGAACUACAAAGUGCUUCUAUAUGAAAGGUGGAGCUGAUAAAAUGGACAGUGAGUGUAAAAACAAGGAGGUGGUUUUAAUGUUAUGGUUGAUCAGUGUAUCUCAUUUUAGAUAGACCUGCAUGUAUUUGGAUAUAAAGAAAUCCCCUUUACACAAAGUCUUUAAACCAUACAGUAUAUCUUACUUGUGGAGACUGCAGGAGACUGAAGUAGAGUUAAAAAUUCCAAAGACCAGAAAGGUGUUAUGGCUCAACCCCGUGGGGGGGGCCAAUAUAUAUUUACGCCAACAAAGAACGGCUAUCCAACACGUACAUCUCCAGUUAGUAAUUUUAUAAAGUGUUUGUUACCAUCUAUUCUUAAUGUUAUAAUAUUUGAUAUUGUUAUUAUGAAAAUGGUUAUUGUUAUUAUUGUUCUCUAUAUGUAGUCCUUUUUUUAUUUUAAAGUCAUUUCAAAUUCUG